GCGUCCACUUUCCCUCCCCUCCCCUCCCCUCCCCGUGACCUUCUUUUCGUCUGAACCCCGGGCCGGACGAACCGAGCGGCUCGGAUGCUUUUCGAUCUGUGAACGGUCUUUUCUCAAAUCGAACCGGAGAAGCACUGAUUCCGGCCGAACCCGGUCCGAACUCCCCCUCUUCGUCUACCCCAUUUUCAUUACCGAGCAGGAAAUAAUGCUGCACGAGCUUCUCAUGGCGUUGCUGGGGUACACGGGCGAUCUCGUCAUCGACGUGACGGAGCACCGGAAUUCCGUAGGCCUGCAUUCACCGUACGAUGGCCUGAACUCGGGAGAAUGCGUCUUCAAGCUCGCCCCUGAUAUCUCCUUCAUCCAGCCGUCCGAAAGGGACGCUAUUGAAAGGCUUCUUUGUCUAGGAUUUUACUAUAGGGAGCUCGAUCGAUUUGCAACUAAGUCGCGCAAUUUAAGUUGGAUACGCUCUAUGGGUGAUGCCCCUUUAUUGCGAACUACUGAGUUGUUGAAGAGGAAAAAGAAAAAGCCAAGUGUCUACCGUAGGGCCAUAGCUAAUGGAAUCGUUGAGAUUUUAUCAGUUUAUAGAUCUGCUGUUCUACAAGUUGAGCAGAAAUUGCUUUCAGAUCCGGUGCCCAUUUUGGCAACUGUAACUCGUGGCCUCAAUAAGCUGUCCCAGUUUGAUGUGUUGUUGCCUCCUCUUUACGAGCUCAUCGUGGAGAUUGAGCGUGAUGAUGUUCGGGGAGGGCAACUUCUCAACCUCUUGCACAAGCGAUGUCAUUGUGGAGUGCCUGAAUUACAAGCUUGCAUUCAAAGGCUUCUUUGGCAUGGACAUCAGGUCAUGUAUCACCAACUUGCAUCUUGGAUGGUUUAUGGAAUUCUUCAAGAUCAGCAUGGAGAGUUUUUCAUCAGAAGACAGGAAGACAGCGAUGCAGAGAAUGAACCAUCCCGUCCGGAUAUGUUUGAAAAGUUGACCCAGAAGUCUCCUGAUGAUGCGUCACUGACGGAUUGGCACUUGGGGUUCCAUAUCUUCUUGGACAUGUUACCCGAGUAUAUUCACAUGCGUGUUGCAGAAUCAAUUCUUUUUGCUGGUAAAGCAGUAAGAGUCCUCCGAAAUCCAAGCCCUGAUUUCAGGUGUCAGAAUUCUGUUCUUCACACGCAUAUACCGAGAGGACUGCACAGAGUUCAAGGGUCCAUUGGACGAUUUUCUUUCCAGAAAGAGCCCUCUACAGAUAUGAAACUGAUUGGAGAAGAACUACUUCCACAAUCCGAGGCUGAUAAAAUUGAUGCUAUGCUCCUGGAUCUGAAGGAGUCGGCUGAGUUUCAUAAGCGAUCAUUUGAAUGUGCGGUUGACUCCAUACGUACUAUUGCAGCCAGUCAUCUUUGGCAGCUUGUGGUCAUUCAUGCCGACUUGAAUGGCCAUCUGAAGGCCCUUAAAGAUUAUUUUCUUUUAGCCAAAGGAGACUUCUUCCAGUGUUUUCUUGAGGACAGCCGCCAAUUAAUGCGCCUGCCGCCUCGCCAGUCAACUGCUGAAGCUGAUCUCAUGGUCCCAUUUCAGUUGGCUGCAAUAAAGACUAUAGGUGAUGAAGACAAAUACUUCUCAAGAGUAUCACUAAGGAUGCCUUCAUUUGGGAUUGCUGUCACAUCCUCUCAACUGGAUUUAUCGAAAGUGAAAAUUAGCACUGAUGGAAACUCAGGUGUUGUUGCACAAGGAAGUGCUUCGGAGAUGUCCCUUGAUGGUUGGGAUGGCAUUGCUCUUGAAUAUUCUGUUGAUUGGCCCUUACAGCUGUUCUUUACCCAAGAAGUGCUCUCUAAGUACCGCAGGGUGUUCCAGUACUUGCUUCGGCUCAAACGAACACAAAUGGAAUUGGAGAAAUCAUGGGCUUCAGUGAUGCAUCAAGAUCACACAGAUUUUGCUAAAAAUCGCAAAGAUCGCAUGAACUGCUCCAUUUCUCAGCAGCGUCGGCUACGCUCCAGACCAAUGUGGCAUGUUCGAGAGCAUAUGGCUUUUCUGAUUAGAAACCUGCAAUUUUAUAUCCAGGUUGAUGUUAUCGAAUCCCAGUGGAAUGUUUUGCAAGCUCGCGUUCAAGAUUCUCAUGAUUUUACAGAACUCGUGGGCUUUCACCAAGAAUACCUGUCCGCCUUGAUUUCACAGUCUUUCUUAGACAUUGGGUCUGUCUCUAGGAUACUGGACAGCAUAAUGAAACUGUGCCUGCAGUUCUGCUGGAACAUCGAACAUCAGGAGAGCAACCCAAAUACACUCGAGCUGGAACAUAUCACUGAGGAACUCAACAAGAAAUCAAACUCCCUAUACACAAUACUGCGCAGUAGCAGGCUUGCGGGGAGCCAAAGGGCCCCGUUUCUGAGAAGAUUCCUCUUGCGCCUCAAUUUCAAUUCCUUCUUUGAGGCAACUGCACGAGGGGUGCUGAAUGUCGUCAGAUCCCGUCCCACUCAGUCCUGAAUCAAUAAAGUUGUACUUUCCCGUCGCUGAGACCUAACAUGCUGAACCAGUGGUGGUGGUGUAUUCAAAUGCAAUAUGGGUAGAAUUCCAUAUUGGCAAGCAAGAAGGCUUCCAUAAUGGUACCUACAUUGUUUGACAUUCAAGCCACGGCGUAUUUUGUAUUUAUAGUGUAGUGUAUAUAUGACCCAUAUGAUGAAAGCUGGUAAACAUAAUGCUGUGUUUUUUGCUGUUAGCUCCAAGGUUGCCAGGGCUUUCAUGUCA